UCACAAGCAACAUUUCCGACAGCACUUGAACGCAGCAGCAGCAUUCAGCCACUGAGCGGCGAGCGGGCUGCCAACCUGCGUCUGCAGGGCCCUGCUGCACAUCAGAGACUGAUGAGACAGACACAAGAAACACUGGCACUCUCUCCAGCUGCUGUACUAACUGUUUUAUUUCAGGUCUGCAGGUGUGAACGGCCGCCUCGUGCGGUCUUGCUUCAUAUUUGCAGACGGCUGAAGAAGCAGGUGCGCUGCCGGGAUUUUAAGUCAUUUGUCUUAAAGGGUUACACACUUGGGGAGGCUGCGCCGCUGUUGUUUGGUGUCACUUCCGGGCGAGUCGUCCGUGAAUUAGCAGAUCAUCACAUCGCCGGUGAAAAAGAAGAAGAAGAAGAAGUUCAUCAACAUCGAUGCUCCGUGCAGGCAGGAUGGAGGAGUUUGUGACGGAGGAAGAGGAGCCGUGGUACGACCAGCGGGACCUGGAGCAAGACCUGCACUUGGCAGCUGAACUCGGCAAGACCCUCCUGGAACGCAACAAGGAGCUGGAGGACUCCCUACAAGAGAUGUACAUCAACAAUGAGGAGCAAGUGCAAGAGAUAGAGUACCUGUCGAAGCAGUUGGAAAUGUUAAGAGAGAUGAACGAGCAGCACGCAAAGGUGUAUGAACAACUGGAUGUGACGGCCAGAGAGCUGGAGAUCACCAAUGAGAAACUGGUGCUGGAGAGCAAAGCCUCUCAUCAGAAAAUAGACAGGUUGACGGGCACCAUGGAGAUCUUGCAGGGUCAGGUGGAGAGCCUGACGACUCGGGUGGAGGAGCUGCGAACUCUGGAGGAGCUGAGGGUCCGCAGAGAGAAGAAGGAACGCCGCAAGACCGUGCACUCCUUCCCCUGCCUCAAAGAGCUCUGCACUGCGCCAAGGUAUGAGGAUGGUUUCCUGUUGGCCAACCCGGGCAGUGUGGACCUGGCUGAGAGCCGGCCGGUGGACGAGGAGAAUGAGCGCCUGAGAGACAUUGUGUCUUCCCUGCGCUCAGCUGUGUCCACAGAGCGGUCCCAGAGGGAGGGCGCGGAGCGGGAGUGUGCCUCUGUGCUGCAAGAGUUUGAGCUUCUGGAGCAGCGUCUCUUAGGAGCUGAGGGCUGCCAGCUGCGGGUUCAGGAGCUCGAGGCUGAGCUCCAGGAGAUGCAGCAGCUGAGGAAGUCCAGGGUUUGUCUGAUUGGGGGCAUGGAAGACAGCCUCGAGACGCUGCUCAGCAACGGCCCUGAGACAGACACCCCAGAGGAGGGCGUAGGGCUGGUGGAUGGAGGUGCUGGAGAGACGGGGGGCGCUGGGCAACAGGGAGGCCCAGUGAGGAAAAGCUGCAGCGACACAGCUCUGAAUGCCAUCUCGGCCCGCGACGCCUCAGGUAGGCGCCAGGGCAGCUAUGCCCUCCAUGCCAAUGGCGUGCGCAAACGUGGCAUGUCCAUCCUGCGGGAGGUGGACGAGCAGUACCACGCCCUGCUGGAGAAGUACGAGGAGCUGCUGGGGAAGUGCCGACGUCACGAGGAGAGCCUGUGCCACGCCGGGGUGCAGACCUCGCGGCCUGUCUCCAGAGACCCCUCCAUGAAGGACUACAGCAUGGUCUGCGCGGGGCCUUCCACAUCUAGCGCGGUUGCAGCCAUUCCCACGCCUCCUCCAACCCCCUCCACCCCGGAGGCCCUGGAGGGGAUCAGCAGGCAGGUGGAGCAGGUGGACAAACGCCUCAGCCAGAACACGCCGGAGUACAAGGCCCUGUUCAAAGAGAUCUUCUCCCGCUUGCAGAAGACCAAGAGUGAUAUGAACUCCACCAAGAGCAAAAAGAGUCACAAAUAAGCUACUGAUACUACAUGCACUGAAAACAGUGACUGCACAAUAUUUAUUUAAUUUACCUGUUUUGAAGACUUCUCGUCUUACAUUUGACCACUUGUGACUUAAUGGGUGGAUGCCUGCAGUCAUGGAGUCGGGGGAGAAGCAUAUAGUUAGCGGUGGAUGGCUCAUUAAACUGCCAAAUUUCACCUCAUGGAUGGAAGGUCGUUGAUGAAAUGCCUUUUUCUUUUUUUCUGAGUGACCAUAACUGAUAAAUAAUCAGGAAUGGAGGGUUUUGUGUCUGUCUUAGGACAGUCUAGUGUGUGAUGUAGUAUUGUGAUUGAGAUGUGCUGAUGCAGAAAUUAUUAACCUUUUUUUUUUUUUUUUUUAUGGAUAACAAUAAUUAAGCCAAAUAAUUAAGAGGAAAAUAAUAAAGCAGGCUUUGAAACUACUUACGCCAUUUGAAGCAUGCAUCUGUCUAAUAAACACUAAGUGCUAAAAAAAAAUAAAGUCUUUAAAAGCAGGUAGAAAACAAAUCGCAAGCAUUUGAGAUUCACAAGCCGCUUCAGGUUGCAUCAGGAGGCAACGGUGAUAUUUGACUGUGUAUUUUGAAUUUGUUGGAUGAUACAAAUCCUUCAAGACAGCUGCCAAAGUGUAUUGUGCAUAAGUGUUUGAUGGUUAUUUGUUUACUUAAAUGGUUUAUUAUAACUUAUCUGUUGAAGGAGACGAGAUGCCUCUGGUGUUUUUACAGCAUGCAUUACAAGCCGCAGGGGGAUGAUCUCUGUUUCAGGGAUUCGUUUGACCGUUUCAGACAUGACAACAUUAUCAAUUCUACUCUAUGCUACUACAUUGUCAAAGUUGUUCUUGUAGUAGACCAUUUAAAAUCUUCUGUUGAUUAAAACAAGAAAUUAAUCGAC